AGUCUGAGUACACACGUGCUGGCUGCUUGCGGGUGCCAUCAGAGAUAAGGCUGGAUCCUACCCAUGUUUGGGAUUCUCACACAGGCCAGCUGUGAGCCACCGGGGGCUGAGAUCCAGGUCUCUCUGCACCAGGGAGCAAACUGAUUCCAUCCAUCCCCCAGCACCAUAGGGACUGGACACUGAGACUGGUUGCUGAAAAGGAACAGCUGAAAGCCAAGCAAAGCUGGGUAGAGCAGCACGGGGCUGUGAGCGUUGGGGCUGGCUGGCCCAUGUACAGCCCUGAGUUAUGGUGCUGAUGGGUUUGACCAAGUGCUAGCCAAAUCCGCGGGAGGUGGGAGUGUGAAUUGAAAGCUAAGGCAAUGCCCAGUUCUCUCCAGAGCCCAUGUCUGCGUGAAGACAUCCGGAAAGCUGGUGAGCCAGCACGGGCUGCAGUGCCAGCAUUACCCAGCCCUGUGGCUCCUUGCCUCCAAGGUACACAAUCCCGUCGCCCGCUCUCCCAGCAGUGGGCUGAGAUCAGCACUGGGCAGGACCCGGAGCACUUGGCUAAUGCUGAGACCAGGCAAGACGGAGGUGAUGAUGGUGGGAAGGGGGAAGCACCUGGAAGAACAUGCCUUCUCCUCAAGCAACCCCCAUUACUGAGCCUUCAACUCUCAGAUUCAGCCAGUCUGCAGCCUUGGGACACCUUUGGGCUCCUCGGUGCUGUUGGUGCCCAUUACCCUUCGCAGCUGACCAGAGGCUUAUGCCCUGUCCUCUGAGACAGAGACGAUUGGUGACCUCCAGACUUUAUUUUAUUUGUGGCAAGAGCCUGUGUUGGGGGCCGGAGGGGACACAGCAGAACAAAUGCUGGUCCCUAGGAACUCCAAUCGAGGAUCAGGGCCCCAUUGUGGUCGGCGCUGUACAGACACAGAACAAAAAGACAGUCCUUGUCUGCAAAGUGCUGUCUCCCCAGACAUGGCCCCUCUCGCCUCAUUCCCAGGGGCUGGAGCCAGUUUCCAGCCAAGGAACAAGAAGAGGCAUUAUCACCUUUGGGCGGGCUGGCUGGUCCUCUUCUGGCCCCAGCUCCCCUCCUCUCUGCUCCUUCUCCAAGGCCCCUGCUUUCAAUCAGCCCCUGCGGCCCUUUGAUCUCACAGAAAUCCCUCUGUGUCUAAAGAGUAGCCAGGUAUUCAGCCUGACCCAGCUACAGCUCAGUGCCAGGAAGGGGCUUUUCCCGUUUUCUUGCCUUAAAGAGACACCAUCGCAUAGAAUCUUGCUGAGGCUCCGGUUCAAACAUUAUGAGCCAGCUCUCUCCCACUCCAAAAAAUAA